AUGCCUGGAGAGGGGAGGUGGGCUGAGCAGCCUGAGUGUUGUGCAAGCCUAGGUGAGACCGUGACCCAAGUGAGGACACCAGAGAAGCACGCACCAGAGCCUAAGCCCAAAGCGGGGCCUCCCAGGCAUGCCGGAGCUCUCGGGGGUGAAACCCCCUCGCCCUCCCCAUUUCUUAACAAAUUUUCUUCACCACCUGCCCCCCCCCCAAACACCCUAACGAUGACUUCCAAGGACUCCGAGGCCUCUGUGGCCGUCAAUAUCGAGGAGCUUCGCUCCUCUAAAGAUGCUAUCAUCAUGUGGAGCAUGUCCAUUCAGGCCCAAAUUGCCGACUUCAGCAAGGCCUAUGUUGAGCAUGUCAACAAUAUAAUCAACGGCACCUCUGCCGCCAUCGAUCUCCCGAUUGUGCCCGCCGGCCUAAGCCACUUUGACUUUGUUCCCCGCGCCAGUAGUGUCGGCGCCAAGUCCGAGGCUGGCGGUCGCAAGAAGCGCAAGCGCGCGCCCGUUGACCCAAAUGCGCCCAAGCGUCCUCUCACCCCGUACUUCUUGUAUAUGCAGAACAACCGCCCCAAGAUCGCCGAGGACCUUGGCUCUGAAGCGAAGCCCAAGGUUAUCGCCGACGAAGGAACCCGCCGCUGGCAGGAGAUGGAUUUGAAGGAGAAGGAGAUCUGGAAGUCCAUCUACGGCGAGAACUACGAGCGGUACAAGAUCGCGAAGGCCGCAUACGACGAGUCCAAGAAGAACCCCACCGAGGACACCGACCCGGCCGCUUCGCAGCUGCAGCAGGACAUUGCUGGUGCUGAGACCCAAGCCUCGGACUCCUCUGACGAUGAGGACGAGGAAUCUUCAUCAGAGUCUCCCUCGCCUAAGCCGGUUAAGGAGAAGACUCCCCCGCGCAGCACCAACAAGCGCCGUCGCAGUGACGCCAAGGCUAUCAAGGAGGUGGCCAAGGAACCCAUACCCGCUGUCACUCCCGCAAAGAAGGGACGAGGCAAGGCAGCCGAGCCCACUCCGCUCAAGGAGAAGCUGCCAGAGAAGCGCAGCCGCACCAAGAAGCGCAAGAGCGAGGUUUAA